AUGCGUGCACUCGCCGCCCUCCGGCCAGAGGGCAGCGCCCAGCAGCAGGGCCAGGGCCAGGGCCAGGGCAGGCAGCAGAACCGGCCACCGCGCCACCAGCGCGGCGCCCGCCACCAGCAGCAGCAACAACAGCAGCAGCAGCAGCAGCAGCAGCAGCAGCAGUACCACCACCAGCAGCAGCAACAGCAGCAUCAGCAGCACCAGGCCCAGCAGCGCCUGCACCACCAGCCGCACCAGCAGCAUCCCGUGCAGCAGCAGCAGCAGCACCAGCACCAGCAUCAGGAGUUGUUCACACAGUACCCAGGAGGCCACGACCAGCAGCACGCCGGCAGCGAUUCCAUCGCUCAGCAGCACCAGCACGCGCAGCAGCUGCAGCUGCAGCUGCAAUCGCACAUGUCGCAACUCGGCUACGGCGUGCCGCCCGCGCCGCUGCUCCAGACCCACCAACACCACGCCAUGCAGCCCCUCGGCGGCGGCGGCGGUGGCGGCGGCGCGAUGGGCGCCGCCCCUGCCGCAGCCCUGCUGCAGGCGCCGCUCGGCGCGGCCGGGUUUUACGGCGCGCCGGGCCUGCUGCCGCCGCACGCGAUGCACGACCCGCACACGCUGGCGAUGCUGUUUGGCCAGCUCGCCGUUGGCGCCGGCGGGGACCCCUCUGACCCCGCCGCCGCCGCGGCCGCCGCCGACAUGGCCGCUGCGGCCAGCCACCACUUCGCGCAGCUGCAGCACCACCACGGACUGCUGCAGCCCGGCGCCGCGGGCGGCCACCAAGGCAAUGACGUGCACGCGGGGGCGUUUGGCCCGCCGGGCGGCGCGCGGCAGGUCGGGGGGAUGGGUCUGCUGCCUGGGCAGGGCGCCGGCGGCGAACAGCGGGACGCUGGGGCCGCGCACGGGCCGCCGUACUGA